AUGAGUCCCCCUAAGUAAGUAUGAAUUUGGCAGCAGAAGACGGCACUGCAGUCUGCAGUAGCAGCGAAGCAAAGAAAUAGAGGAGAAUAAAAAUAAAAUACAUCAGCGUUCAGCACUGCCACUCACUCACUCACUCUGGAUCUACGAAGAAGAAGAUGGAUUCCGGUGGUGGUUCAGGUCCGAGUCUGUUUCCGUUGCAUCGUUGCAAAACCAUUCACCUGGUGAGGCACGCGCAGGGGAUCCACAACGUCGACGGUGACAAGAACUACAAAGCCUACAUGAAUCCCGAUUACUUCGAUGCUCAUCUCACUCCCUUGGGGUGGAACCAGGUUCAUUAUUUGCGAAACCAUGUUCGUCACUCCGGCCUUUUAAACAGGAUCGAUCUCGUCAUUGCAUCUCCCUUGUUGAGGACUCUACAAACAGCUGUUGGGGUAUUUGGCGGUGAUGGUUACACUGAUAAAACGGAUGUGCUUCCCCUGAUGGUGGCAAAUGCAGGAAAUAGCAGCCAUGCUGCAAUUUCAAGUCUAAAUUCCCCACCAAUUGUUGCUGUUGAACUUUGUCGUGAACAUUUGGGAGUUCAUCCCUGUGACAGAAGAAGAAGCGUUAGCGAGUAUCAAUUUCUUUUUCCUGCUGUUGAUUUUUCACUGAUAGAUAGUGAUGAGGAUACCUGGUGGAAGGCCAAUGUUAGAGAGACAAAGGAAGAACUUGCAGACAGGGGGCUGAAGUUUCUGAACUGGCUGUGGACACGAAAAGAGAAGGAAAUAGCAAUUGUUACUCAUAGUGGAUUCUUGUUUCAUACUCUUAAGGCCUUUGGAAGUGAUUGCCACCCCUUGGUAAAGAAAGAAAUAUCCAAGCACUUUGCCAAUUGUGAGCUUCGCUCUAUGGUCAUUGUGGAUAGAAGUAUGAUAGGAUUGGAAGCAUCAACGUUAACAACUAACUAUCCAGGCAAGAUACCUUCAGGACCGGACCUCCCUAGUGAUGUUGCGGAUGGGAACUCAAAUAAAUAAAGGGUUUGUUCUACUUGUUUGUAUGUGUUCGGUAUCAUUUAAAUAUUGAUCUGCAGAACAUAAUCAUUCCUAUUUGAAGAUCAUGACUCUUACCAAAUCUAACGUGAUUAUUCCAGAUUAUACAAACUAUCCUGAUUCUGUCUU